GGACAGCGUGUUGACGCAAUUGUUUAAAAGUGAAACUGUCUCAAUUUCAGAGCGGGACAGAUUGGUAUUUAAAAUUCCCUCACUUUGUUGUUUCUUUUUGCACUAGUCAGAUGUGAUACGAUAGACAAAAUGGCAUCUGUUUUAGAGCAGCUUCUGGAAACAUUGGAUGAACUGGAGCCAGAGAAACUGAAAAGGUUCAAGUUGCAUUUAAAACAACGUGAAUCGGAUUUGGCUGAUAAACUGGGGAAUGCAGACGUCACAGACACCGUGGAUCAGAUGCUGGAGGGUUUUGGAGAAGAAAGAGCUGUGAAGAUCACAUGUGACAUCCUGAAGAAGAUGAAACACACACAGCUGGCUGAACAGUUAGAGAUGAAGGAAGUUCACAAUGCUGGUGUUUGUGGUAAUGUCAGAGCUCAGACGGGCGCUGCUGUCAAUGCUCCUGUACUCGCCAACAACACCUUCAAAGGACCUGUAACCUUCAACCUCAACACAACCAUGGGGCCACAAAAACCCUCAUUUGGCGAGACAUCUGGCAAUCACGCAGGAAAACAAAAUGAAGAUGUCUUGAAACAGCACAAAGCCAACAUGAAGGAGAAAACAGAGCAAAUUUUCGAAGGCAAAAAAGAAAAUAAAACGCAACUUAAAAAAGUUUACACAGAGCUGUUUAUAGCAGAAGGAGAUAUUACAGAUGUCAACAAUGAGCAUGAGAUUAUGAAGAUUGACCGAGCUUUCAAAUGCCCCAAAUUUAAAGACACACCAAUCCACUGCAAUGAUAUAUUCCGCUUGCUGAAGCAGAAGCGAAAUGGAAACAUUGUGCUCACCAAAGGCAUCGCUGGCAUUGGGAAAACCUUCUCUGUGCACAAGUUCAUUCUAGACUGGACUGAAGGAACAGCCAAUCAGGACAUAGACGCCAUGUUUCUGUUUCCCUUCAGAGAGAUGAACUUGAUUAAAGACAAACACAUCAGUUUCCACGAGUUCCUGUUGGAAUUUUUUCCUGAACUGAAACAAUUGAAGGAUGAGACGAAGUUGGAAAGUUGUUCCCUUGCUUUUAUCUUCGACGGACUUGACGAGAGUCGCCUUCCGUUGAGUUUCAACAGUGCCCCACUAACCUGCACCAAUACACAAGCGUCUGUCGAUGCUAUAUUUACAAGUUUAGUCAAAGGCCACCUGCUUCCAUCAUCGCUCAUCUGGAUCACCUCAAGACCAGCGGCGGCCAAUCAGAUUCCUCCUGAGUUGAUAGGUUUGUUCACCGAGGUGCGAGGAUUCACCGACCCGCAGAAGGAGGAAUACUUCACAAAGAGAAUCGAAAAUAAGACUCACGCUUCUGAAAUUAUCAAACACGUUAAGACGUCUCGUAGUCUAUACAUCAUGUGUCACAUCCCCGUGUUCUGUUGGAUCGCCGCCACCGUGCUUCACGAUAUUCUCGUCAGGAACAAUGGGGAGGACAUUCCCACGACGCUCACGGAAAUGUACAUUCACUUUCUGCUGAUUCAGAUGAACAUGAAGAACCAAAAGUAUGAGGAGAAAAACGUGAGAGAACGCACAAAGCUGCUGGGCUCCAACAAGGAGAUGAUUUUCGAGCUGGCCAAGGUGGCGUUCGAACAGCUGAAGAAAGAAAACAUCAUGUUCUAUGAAGAAGAUCUGCAAGAGUGCGGUAUCGACGUGAGCGAAGACUCGGGGAUGAUCGCCGAGAUCUUAAGGAAAGACUCCGUGCUUCACGAGGUGAAGGUUUAUUACUUCGUGCACCUGAGCAUCCAGGAGUUUCUCGCUGCGCUGCACGUGUUCAUCUGCUACCAGAACAACGAUAUGGACGACCUCAAUUUGUUCCUCGAGCAUUCGCAUCCCAAGAAAGACCUUCUGUACUUUUUGCUGACGAAAGCGAUCGAUUUCGCGUGGAAAAACGAGAGGGGACAUUAUGAUCUCUUCGUCCGCUUCUUGCUCGGCAUUUCUCUCGACUCCAACCAACAACUUCUCACGGGCUUGUUGACGCGCAAGGAAAGCAAUAAAAAGUCCAUCUCAAAGACCAUCCAGUACAUCAAGCAAAUGCAAAACAAUGAUACGUGCACGGAUAAAUCCAUCAAUCACUUCUUCUGCAUCCUUGAGCUCCAGGACAGAUCUCUGUACCAACAGAUCAAGAAUUAUCUGAAACCAGGGUCGGGUCAAAAGAGGGAGAUCUCCUCCUCAAACUGCUCAGCGCUGGUCUACGUGCUUGUGAUGUCAGAGGAAGUGCUGGAUGACUUUGACGCGAAGACGUUCAGCGCGACGUAUGAAGGACGCAGAAGGCUUGUACCGGUAGUGAGAUGCUGCAGAAGAGCUCUGUUUUCAGACUGCGCAUUAACAGAAACUUGCUGUGAAACGCUGGCCUCUGCUCUCCAGAUAGAGAACUGUCCGCUCAUAGAGCUCGACCUCAGUGAUAACUUCAACCUGGAGGCCGGAGUGAAGACGCUCUGUGCUGGACUGAAGGGUUCAAACUGUAAACUUGAGAUAUUAAGACUGGCUCAGUGUCACCUUGGUCAUGAGAGCUGUGAGUCGCUGGUCUCUGCUCUCUGUGAUGUCUCAUGUCGUCUGAAAGAGCUCGACCUGAGCGGCAAUGACCUCAAGAACUCUGGACUCCAACAUCUCUUACUUGGAAUGGAAAACACAGAGAGAAAUCUUGAAAUUCUGAGGAAAGUAUUUUUUGUGGUCAAAUUUUUUUAUUUAUGCAGACUGAGCUGGUGUAAUCUCACAGAGAAGAGUUGUGAGAUACUCGCCUCGAUUCUCCACUCAAAGUCUCCUCUGAGAGAGCUUGAUGUGAGUAACAAUGAUCUUCAGGAUUCAGGAGUGAAGCUGAUCUCUGAUGCUCUCAAGAACACAAACUGUCAUCUACAGAUACUGAGAUUAUCAGGUUGUAUGGUGACACAUGAAGGAUGCUGUUAUUUGGCUUCAGCUCUGAGUUCAAACCCGUCACACCUGAGAGAACUCGACCUGAGCUACAAUCACCCACAACACUCAACACUUCAGCUGCUCGCUUAUCAAGAUGAUCCAAACUACACACUCGACAAACUCAAAAUUGAACUGCGAGGUGAGCGCUUCAUCAAGUCAGGGAUAAGAAAGUAUGCUCAACACCUCACACUGGAUCCAGAUACAGCACACGUUAAUUUGCUUCUUUCUGCCGGUGACAGAAGCGUGACCAGCGUCACGGAGAAACAGCCAUAUCCGGAUCACCCCGACAGAUUUGAGCCCUUCUGUCAGGUUCUGUGUCGAGAGAGUCUGUCCGGACGCUGUUACUGGGAGACUGAAUGGACAGGGUCAGAUGGGAUGACAGGAGUGACCUACGAAUCCAUUCUCAGAAAACCAGAUGACCUUGUCGUUGUGGAAGCGACCAGUAAGCUCGGAAGCAACAGUGUUUCGUGGGCACUGACCUGUGGAGCGAGACUGUACGCUUGUCACGAUCAAAAAGACAUCAGCAUACAGACCCCAACCUCUCGUUCUUCCAGAGACGGAGUGUUUGUGGACACGGUGGCCGGCAGACUGUCCUUCUACAACGUUUCUGACUCACACACGCUCAUACAUUUCUACACGUUCCUGACGUCUUUUCAGGAAGAUCUCUACGCUGGAUUUGAGGUGGACAGUGGCACUUUGACCUUGUGUCAGCUGGAAUAAGAUUAAAGACAUUUCAAACUUCAUCAAAAGAAGAUUUCUUCUGCUAUGUUCAAAGUUUAUAAACUCAAUCAUCACUUCAUUACCUCAUUCACUUCAACACUUCAUAACCUCUGUAGUGUGCACUGAGCAGUGUUCAUUUACUCUGUAACGUAACUCAGUCCAAACCUUAGCAAUGAUGGUUGAUGGUUCAAAAUGUUGGUAGUAAAUACUUUAAGUUUUCACUGAAAGUGUCAGAUCACAAUUUCCCCAAUCUGUUUUAGACUAAAAGAAAGUAGGCCAUUUUUUUAAGCAUCCAUGAAAUAUUAGACAAUUUAGAAAAAGUCUGAUGAGCUCCUGUCCUGACUAACUCUUAUGACUUAUGUUCAUUAAACUUUGAAAACCAAUUAUCUGUCAACUCUUUCAAUAAAUUCAAAAAAGUGUCCUGACUUUCUUUUGUGCUGUAAACAAUUUUAAUCUUCAUUUUUUAAACAGGCAAUAAGAGAAAGAGAUUUCAAAGGCCGU